UGCUCUUCCGCCGCACCAAAGCAGAGACUCAGGACCUCGUCUCUCAGUUCCUCUACUCCCGCCGGCCCAAUUUCUUCGAUUUCGUAUGGGAACCCCUAGGAGGAAGAAGAAGCAGACCCCAGAGGCCCAGUUCCACUCUUCCCUCACAUUGUGCUCAAAGAACAAGGACCUGACCACCGCAAUCUCCCUCUACGACUCCGCCGUGUCGCAGAACACGCGGCUCAGCCAGCACCAUUUCAACACCCUGCUCUACCUCUGCUCCAACUCCGUCGCCGACCCGGCCCUGAAGCAAUCGGCGCUGGAAUACGGCUUCCGGGUGUUCGAUCACAUGUCGGCGAGUGAGGUCCUUCCCAAUGAGGCCACGAUCACGGCCGUUGCUCGGCUGGCGGCGGCGGAGGGGGACGGGGACCGUGCUUUUGAGCUGGUGAAGGGUAUGGCGGAGUACAAUCUCGUGCCGAGGCUGCGCACUUGUGACCCGGGGCUGUUUUGCUUUUGUGACAAGUUGGAGGCGGAGAGGGCGUAUGAGGUGGAGGAGUAUAUGAAGAAGGCGGGAGUGAGUUUGGAGGAGACCGAGAUCGCGGCGUUGCUGAAGGUGAGCGCAGAGACGGGAAGAGGGGAGAGGGUUUAUGAAUAUCUGCACAAGUUGAGGAAUGCUGUGAGGUGUGCUAGUGAGCCGACGGCGAAGAUUAUUGAGGACUGGUAUCGCGGUGGAAGGGCUAGUGAAGUGGGUGAGGAAGAUUGGGACUUGGGUAGGGUGAGAGAGGCGGUUAUGAGGAAUGGAGGAGGCUGGCAUGGGCAGGGGUGGAUUGGGAAGGGGGAUUGGGUUGUGCAGAGAGCCAAUGUGGAUUCUGAAACCAGGUGUUGCUCGUGCGGCCAGCAUUUGGUUUGUGUUGACAUUGAUUGUGCAGAGACAGAUAGGUUUGCACAGUCUGUUGCCGCUUUGGCAAUGGAAAGGGAGGUCAAGUCGAAUUUCAACGACUUUCAGGAUUGGGUGGACAAACAUGUUGAUUAUGAAGCUAUUGUCGAUGGAGCUAAUAUUGGGCUCUACCAGCAGAAUUUUGCAGAUGGUGGAUUCAGUGUUCCGCAGCUUGAUGCUGUUGUGAAAGAAUUGUACAAUAGAAGUGGAGAGAAAUGGCCUCUUGUUGUCUUGCACAAUAGACGUGUCAAGUCACUUGUGGAAAACCCCUCCCACAGAAAAGUGGUCGAGGAAUGGUUGGAUAAAGGUAUUCUUUAUACCACACCGGGUGGCUCGAAUGAUGACUGGUAUUGGCUAUAUGCUGCUGUGAAACUGAAGUGCUUGCUUGUGACAAAUGAUGAAAUGCGAGAUCAUAUAUUUGAACUCCUUGGAAGCAGCUUCUUUCUUAAGUGGAAAGAGAGGCAUCAAGUACGGUAUACUUUUGUUAAAGGCAAUCUGAAACUUCAGAUGCCACCACCAUAUUCCUCAGUGAUCCAGGAAUCAGAAAGUGGGUCAUGGCAUGUACCUGUAGCAGAUGAGAGUUGUGAGGAGCCAGCAAGAACCUGGCUCUGCAUUACCAGGCCAAGUGUCUCCAAAGCUUCUGGUGGACUUUUGCCAUCUCAAAACACAUUGGCAAACUCUUGCACCUCUCAGUUUGUUACCAGUCACAAUGAUAAAUCCACAACUAAGACGGGUAAAAGAAAAGAGAGGUCCACAUCUCCUUCCCACCUAAUGACUUAAAUCUUCUUCCUGCUUAGUAUCAAAUUUGCAGGCAUGUUCCUUAGAAUUCUAGCUUUGGGUUCAUAUCACCUGAGUAACGGCACGCUGGUCAGGAGAAGCAGGAUGACCUAACAGCAGCCUUCAACUGCCUGCAACACACUCCAGUUUGACCUGUUAGUUUCUCUGAUGUUGUAACAUACUGCAACUUUUGUAGAUACAGCUCAUUCUUUAUAGUCAGCUGAACAAAAAGAAAAAAAGAAAAAAAAAAAGAAAUUGAAGCUUAUGUGUUGAACUUUUGGCACUAAUCUCUUUCUUCAACCUGUUGUGUUGAUAUGGGUGUUGCAAUUAGGCCAUUCAUAUUUGUCCUUAGUUAUUCAUCAUGUAAGGAUAACUAUUCCUUGUGUCAGUUGCGUGCAAUUUUGUUAAAUAAAAAUACUAGUAA